GCAGGUGUUUGCUGCUGCUCGGGCUCCUGGCCGCGGCCGGCUCUGGGUUCGGCUGCUACAUCAUGGCCAUGGCAGCACUCAGCCCGUGCCCGCCCCUGCUGCACAGCCAUGCCGGAGCGACGCUCAUUGUGCUGUGCUGGGUUCUCUUUGUGGGCUCGCUGUCCUAUGUGAAGCUGAUGAUCGGCAUGAUCCUACGGGACGAGGGGCACAGCGCCCUGGUGUGGUGCGGGGCCGUGGUGCAGCUGGGAUCCAUGCUCGGGGCCCUCACCAUGUUCCCGCUGGUCAGCGUCUACAGCCUCUUCCGCUCCGGAGACCCCUGCACCACCCGUUGCCCCAGCUGAGACUCACCGCGGCCUCCAGCCGGGGGGAUGCCGGGGCUGCCAGCUCAGCCCUUGGAACACUAGUCCCACUGGCCCAGCACCGCCACCCUCUGCUGGGUGAAAUCAGAACUGCGCCAGCCACCAUCAGCAGCACUAUACUGCAAUCAGCUACUGGGGAUUCGCCAUUAGCUCAAGUAGGUGCACCUGGGCUGAGGAGCUGGCAUUUUUGACCUCUGUACUUGGUGUCAUUGUGGUGCAGGCAGUGGCCAGUGAGCAGUGCAGAGAUAACUUGCAUGGUCUAGAAGGCCACAGAUGUGUUUGUUCCACUCAGGUUAUUACACUGUGACCACCACCCUGGCAUCCUGGCCCCCUGGGGACAAUUCAAAGCACUGAGCAAGAGUCUCUCCAUUAACCCCCUGGUAGAGCAGGAUUAUGCCCAUUUUACACAUGGGGAAACUGAGGCACUGGGUGAGGAAGGGACUUGCCCAAGGUCA